GCAGUGUGUAUGCAGCUCACAGGAGGUGAAGCCAAAGCAAUGUGUCCCACCUCUUGGAUAAACUGUUUUCCACUGACUGCCUGCUUCCAUGAUACAAGCUCAAAGCCAAGCAGUACACUAAGGAGCUAUUCACAACAGAGGAAAAGAUGCAGUUCAAGAUGGGAACAGUCCUGCUGUCUCUUCUUUUCUGGUACAAAGCCACUCUUGCCCUCUCCCCAGGAGAGGAUGAGAGACUGGAGCUGUGGCACAGCAAGGCUUGCAAAUGCGAUUGCCAAGGAGGACCUAACUCGGUGUGGUCCAGUGGGACUAACAGCUUGGAGUGCAUGCCAGAGUGUCCCUACCACAAGCCCCUGGGUUUUGAGUCUGGUUCUGUCACCCCAGACCAGAUAAGCUGCUCCAACCCUGAGCAGUACACGGGUUGGUACUCCUCCUGGACAGCCAACAAGGCCCGCCUCAAUGGCCAAGGCUUUGGGUGUGCGUGGCUCUAGUACCAGGACACUGCACAGUGGCUGCAGAUCGACCUGAAGGAGGUGAAGGUGAUUUCAGGGAUCCUCACACACGGUCGCUGUGAUGCCGAUGAGUGGAUGACCAAGUACAGUAUUCAGUACCGCACCGAUGAAAACCUCAACUGGGUUUACUACAAGGACCAGACCGGGAACAAUCGGGUUUUCUAUGGCAACUCAGACCGCUCCUCUUCAGUGCAGAACCUGCUGCGGCCGCCCAUCGUGGCCCGCUACAUCCGCCUCAUCCCGCUGGGCUGGAACGUGCGCAUCGCCAUCCGCAUGGAGCUCCUGGAGUGCCUGGGCAAGUGUGGCUGA